CAUCCAUCUCUCCACUUCCAAAGCUCUCUCAAAUACAAACUAAUUUUGCCAUGACUUCUUCUACUUGUUCAAGUCCUCCAUUCUGUAUGUUUCUGGCUCUUACCCUUCUUAGCUCUUUCGUGGCUCUCGCAGCUGCUAACUUCUACCAAGACUUUGACAUCACGUGGGGAGAUGGCCGAGGAAAGAUGCUUAACAACGGCGACCUCCUUACCCUCUCACUCGACAAAGCCUCUGGCUCUGGAUUCCAGUCCAACAAUGAGUUUCUCUUUGGAAAGAUUGAUAUGCAGCUAAAGCUUGUCCCUGGAAAUUCUGCUGGCACUGUUACUGCCUAUUAUUUAUCCUCGAAAGGAUCAGCAUGGGACGAGAUAGACUUCGAGUUCUUAGGGAAUCUCAGUGGCGAUCCUUACAUCCUUCACACUAAUGUCUUCAGCCAAGGCAAGGGCGACAGAGAGCAACAGUUCUAUCUCUGGUUCGAUCCAACUGCUGAUUUUCACACUUAUUCCAUCCUUUGGAAUCCCCAGCGCAUUAUAUUCUAUGCGGAUGGCACUCCUAUUAGAGAGUUCAAGAACUCAGAAUCGAUUGGCGUUGCAUUUCCAAAGAACCAGCCAAUGAGGAUAUACUCGAGUCUUUGGAAUGCUGAUGACUGGGCGACAAGAGGUGGACUUGUGAAGACAGACUGGAGCCAAGCUCCAUUUACCGCUUCCUACAGAAACUUCAAAGCUGAUGCUUGCAUUUGGUCUUCAGGAGCAUCUUCUUGCACUUCAUCUUCUUCUACCACUAGUAAUUCCUGGCUUUCACAAGAGCUGGACACUUCAAAUCAAGACAGGCUGAAAUGGGUGCAGAAAAACUACAUGAUUUAUAAUUACUGCACAGACACAAAGAGGUUUCCCCAGGGCCUCCCUCCAGAAUGCAAGACCUCAUAGAGAAACGAUUAAGCAUCCCCUCAGAGUCUUUUAUUCUUUUAAUAUUCGUCUGUUCAUGUAAUUUCUAUAAGGUUCAUCUGUAUACAAGCGAAGCGAGCGACCCUUUCUCCAUUGAAUUCCUCUUCUGUCAGUUAUUCGGAAUUGUUAAAAUAAAUUAACUUGUAUCCAUCAAAAACCACCGUAAUAAUAUAGGCUUUUUGGUUGAAACAGCUCUCGGCAAAUCUUAAUAUAGCUAAUCAAUCAUAAGCCGAUUUUCUU